UGCUUAAAUGAGUUUUGAUGAUUAGAUGAAAAAAGACCAUAAAUAGACCCCACGAAAGUCCACUUUCAGUCGUUUUUAGUCAUCACAGCAUUUUAUCACUAGAAAGAGGAAUCUAGUACUGCGAACGAUUUUUUCAUUGUUGGAUUAUCAAAAGACAAACAGUUUUAUAUCACGUUGAGUCAGAAAUGACAAUGGGACAGACUUCUGCAGUACUGGAUGAAUGAGGUCUAGGACUGUGGUGCCAAUCUUUUAAUGAGUAUUAAGAUGAGCAGGGUUAGAAUUAAGAUAUGAUGUAUUCCGCUGCUAUUCCUUUUAUUGCCAUUAAUUCAAUUAUCAUAGAAAAAAGCAAAAUCGUACAAUAAAAAAAUCUUUCAAACUAAAAUGGUACUAGACUGGUACUAGACUGGUACCACAAGUACCGCUGCAAGUCGCCACUACUAUACAUGUCAGUCAAUCAGGGAUUUGAGAUUUAUGCUGAUGUAAUCAAUCAACUAUUAGUAAAGAAUUGAAAGUGUUGCCUAUGUUGAAGCACAAGUUUUUUCUGUUAAGUGUCAGUCAAGAUUGUGCCAAUAGAUAUGACAUCAUCAAACGGGUUGUUGCAUACAUAGAUAGGUACAGAGGCUUAGUAAAACAGAGUCCAAAUCUUGCCUACCUAAACAGAAUCCCAAUACUGCCUAUCUUUUAUGUAAAUAUUCGAGCUAUAAUGAAAUGCCAAGUUAUAUAAAUCGAUAAUGGGAGCGUAUUCAAGAAUGCGCUCAUUUGAGUGAUGCCAUCGUUAAGUCGACUAUAUAAGGAAGUUAAUCGUGAUGCUUUGCAGUUAAACCCGCGCAUUAUUUUAGAAGAAGAAUGAAACAGUUUCUCUUACAAAACAAGUGACCCCAGACAUUUUCAAUCCAUGUUCGACGUAGCUUUGUUUUAAACAUAGAAAAGGGACAACGAAAAUAGAAUAGUUAUCAACAUGAAUGGAAGCAGUCUUCUGAAUUCGUUUAAAGAAAUGACUAUAUAAAGAGCAAUAUCUCAAAGAAAUUUUUUUCUGAACCGACAUCUGAUUUGGGGCGUGUUUUGUGGUUAAAUACCUGUUCAAGAAGCUCAGUAAUCCAAACUGAGAUUAUUGAUCAUUCAGGUAUCCAGACUGCUGUGCAAUUCAAGCAGGAAUAGGUUGUACGCAAGAAGAACUUGCGGCUUUGUUCCCAAACUAGAUCUUGAUCGUUUAAUUUGGUGUCUAUGCUUUAUUUCCAAAAUUUCAUCUUGUUUACUUUAUUUCUUCUAAGCCAAAAAUUUUUCUUUCCCAUCUUUAUAGGCAAUUUUUCUUUUUUAUGAGCUUUGUUUUUUUUAUGGUUUAUUUCUUGCUGUUUAUCCUUUUCUUCAAGCUAAACGUUCAUCAACUUCAACAUACGUCGUUCUGGUGCAUGCCCCAGAUAGCCAUCAAAUUUGUUUUUCCCAUGGUUCGUCAACAUUUAUUUCAAAUUGUAAUGUAGAUAUGAUCAGUAGGAUGUUUUAGAUAUCUCUAAUAUCGUAAUUAAUUCAUAUUUUCGUAUAUUUCACAUUUGAUUUCUUGUAGCUGAAAAAAAAAUUUGAAUUUGAGAGCUGUAACUGGUAAGCAAAGAAACGGGAACUGCAGAACAGUUAAGUCGAUUAGUUAGUUGAUUUUCAUACUGCCUAGUCAACUUUAGUCCACGUUAAGAUUUCUGAAACAAAAGCUAGAAGAAUUGUGAGCCUAAUGCUCCCAAUAUAUUCAUUUCAAUCCAUUUUUAGGAAAUAGCUAUGAGAAUUAUAAAAAUUUUAAAGUAAAAGAUGAUUCAAAGAAUUUAGCAGCACGCUGAGUUAUACAUUAUUUGUUCCUAGCCCCAUGACAAAACUCUUUCGCGAGCUUUUGCUUCAAAUUCUUCGCUCAGACUGUUUCUAACGUCGAUGCUUGAGUUUAAAACGAUAAGUACAUGCUCGAGCUCGGAAUUAAAAAAUCUGGACGCCAUUGCCAAAAAUAAUUUCUACCUUUGUUGCAAAAUGAUCAAUUUUAAUUUCAAUUCAUUUUCACAACAUGAGAAGGAUGUGAAACUUCCCAAAACAUAGAGAAGAACGAACUACCAUAAAAGAUUCCCAGGGACUGGUAGCGACAAUGAGCAUAAAUCAACAUGAAUGGAAACGAUCUUCUGAAUACUUCUAAAAAUAUGACUUUUUCAAGAGCAAUUUAUCCAAGAAUUCUUUCCUAAAGCCACAUCUGAUUUACUGCUUGUUUUUGGUUAAAUACCUGGUCAAGAAGCUCAGUAAUCCAAACUGAGAUUAUUGAUUAUUCAGGUAUCCAGACUGCUGUGCAAUUCAAGCAGGAAUAGGUUUUACGCAAGAAGAACUUGUGACCUGGGUAGACGAAUUGUGGACACCAGCAUAGAUAUGGUACAGAGGAGAGGAAAAUCGAAUACAUCUCAAUCUAAUUGUGCUGUGUAUUAGUAACUGACGAAAACAACAACAACAACGCAUUAAAUUUCUGAUGACUGAGAGAGACGGAAAGUAAAACUACAGUGCGAAACUAUGGGGAAGUACAUUUUGUACAUUUUGUGUCUUCAAAUUUGCAAAAUUUCUGCAGAAAUCAAUAAUUCAGGCAGCUUUGCAACAUUUGGUAGCUUCUUCCAACAAGACAAACGAGAAGAAGAAAUCAACCUGGACAAGGAGACAGCAUUCAUCAAACCUGAUUUCUUUUCCUGUGAUCGGGGAGCGACCUGUUAUCACGUUAUGAAAAGACAGUCUACAGAAGAGUACCAAAUCAACACCAAAGAUUCUUCUUUGAAAGAUAAAGAAAGUUACAAUGUUGUAUGGAAAAGAACACCAAAGAAGCCUGCAUUUAGUUGCAAGGAUUUGUAUGACCGAGGGAUACGAAGAAACGGAGUAUAUGAUAUCAACACACCAAACAAGAAGGUCUUAAAGGUUUACUGCGAUAUGAAAACAGAUUGCGGAGGUUGGACUGUAAUACAGCGCCGUGUUGAUCCAUCAACUGAUUUCAACCGCAAUUGGUCUGAUUACAAACUUGGUUUUGGAUCUGUGGAAAAGAAUUUGUGGAUUGGCCUCGAGAAUAUGCACUCUCUUGCCAGACCUGAUGCAAGCACCACUCUUCGCAUUGAGUUAAAACAUAUACAUAAAAGAGACCAGUUACUUUUUGCAAAAUAUGGCAGCUUCAAGAUUGGCAGUGAAACAGAUGGUUUCCGUUUGAAUGUUGCUCAAUAUUCAGGAACAGCUGGGGAUGCUCUCUCUGGAAUGCACAAUGGUAGGAAAUUCGCAACAUUCGAUCGUAACGACGAGACUCGUGUCGAUUGUCCACGUCGUGGUUUUGGUGGUUGGUGGUAUGGCAUUUGUCAUAUAGGCUAUCUUAACGGACGAUAUCCAAGCAGUCUGUAUGAGGCAUAUACAACUAUGUCAUGGAGACCCAUUGACGACCGCUAUGGUACCAUAUAUUUCUCUGAAAUGAAGGUGAGACGCAAUUGAACCACAAACAUUGUUAGGACUGCAAUAAAUUUGAUGCCAUCUUUUAGCACUACUGCACGAUUGACUUUUGCACAUGAUUUAGGUAAUGGCUUAUCCAUGUUAGCAAGAUCUUGAUAGUAUUAUAUAGAAAAGGUUUAAAUAGUUUAUGUACGGUCAUUCAAAAGCUUUUAAUCUCGUUUUACCGCAAUUGUACGUAUUGACAUGUUGAAGUCCAUGUAUAUCGAGAGAGUAAAUUGCUGUAUCAAAAUCAAGAGUAAGUAUAGCAAAGCUUUAGAAAGCUAUCUGGGGUGAAAAAGAUAUUAGUCUCGAGCUUGUAAAGCUUUACUAUGAUGAUAUGAUAAUUAUCAACUUCUUUACGUUGAUGACAUGAUUUGAAUCUCAUGGUUUCCAGCAUGAAUUUCUAUAUUCAGGAAGCCACUAAUAGCAUUAAAAUGCUUGACUUGAUAACUUGAUGGUGUCAUUUUUAGAAGAAAUUUUUUGUUUACUUGGAUACCUACUUCUUUUAACUGUUGCCAUUUUAAUUAUACACAAAGUGGCAUUUAGCCGUCCUUCCUAAGCACAUGGAAAGUCAGAAAUACUUUCCUUUCCACUACACGGAUUGCAUGAAGAAUGGUGGUACAAGAACUUCAAUCUUGCCCCGUUUUGGAAACUGUUCCAUACUUCAUAGCACGAAAUUAUUGAGCGCAGAUUAGCA